CAUGUGGUUCCAUCCAAGCCUCCUCAAUUCGAUACUUCCGCUGCAGCAGACUGGGGCGACGGAGUUGCCGUAGCUGUCUCAGAUUCAGGAAACGGACGGUGUUGAAGAUCAAUACUUCCUUACAGAUGUCAUCUUCAUGGAUGCCUGCAAUUACCCCACUUUCUCUCAAGCAGUCUUGGAGUCCAUGCAUAGGAACAAGCUGGACCUGAAUGAUGUCUGGGCAGUAGUGACAGACAAUGCAUCCUACUGCUUGAAGGCCUACAGAGAAGUACUGAAAGGUGUGAUGCCUAACAGUGUGCAGGUGGGCUGUCUGUGUCAUGUGAUCAACUUGGUGGGGGAGACCUGGCAGCACUUCAAAUACUUUGGUGAAAUAGCAUCGUUGGUGAUGUGGGUCAGAUCGGCAUUCGUCAAAAAACCUGCCAGGAAAAGAAGAUGGAUUGCCUUCUUGAAAAUGAAGGAGUGUGUACACACAAAGGUGCCCCCAGAAGCAGGAAACACAAGAUAGAACAGCUGGUUUCAAACUGCAAUAUCAUGCAGACCACAUUGAUCUCUACCACGAGUUCGUUCAAGCUGAAAAGUCAUCUGCUAUGGCAGUGACCAACAUCCUUGACUUGCUCUCUACUGAGGAGAAGAAGGACAUGAUCAAGGUGAAGUUGACCUUAAUUUCUGAAGCAUGCUCCAAGCUCAUCACAGCACUGACCAUCCUCGAAGGCACACACCGCCCCACAGCAGUUUCAGCUUUCAACAUCAUGGAAAACCUAGAGUCCUACCUGGGUAAUGGAACAGCAAAGGUAUGCGGGUUCGGCAUCAACACUGACAGCAUCCUUGACCAGCUUGGCAUGAGGGUGAAGAGGGAGAUUCUGGACAAUCUCCAUGAAGCUUUCCAUCUAGCCUUCAACAAGUUCUCCAAACACUGGGAUGGCCAUCCAGCCAAGGAGGUGUACAGGCUACUCAGGGUGUUUGACCCCAGACAAGCCCCUGCCAUGGAGAAGCAAAUCGAGCACUAUGCAAAGCUGCAACCUCUUGCUCAUCCUUCAGCUGAGCUUAGUGAGCAGUGGCUGGUGUACCAGCAGUGUGUGAGAAAUGAGAAGCCCCCAGCAGAUCUUGACCUUCGUGGCUUCUGGGAGGGUGUCCGGGGAAGAUUUCCUAAAGUUGCAGAGGUUGCUGUGCCAUACCUCUUCUUCCCUGUUAGCUCUGUUGAUACAGAGAGAAGCUUCAGCAAGUACAAAACGCUGCUGACCGACAAAAGAGAGUCCCUCACUGACUAAAACACAAAGCGCCUAACUAUCAUGUAUCACAAUGGUGAUGUCAGCCAGAGAUGGGGAGAAGCAUGAAUUUUUAAAGGACAUCCCUUUGAAAGAAAUUACAUUUUACAAUUUUUCUGAUUUAUUUUUGUGGCAAGUGAGUGCCACCCCUCCUGCCUUCCAACAGACUCACGUGAGACAACGUUUGGUUUUUAGCACUUCCGUGCUCUUUUAUUAAGCCCACGGCCUUCGCUCGGCCACAACGUAACACAGAUCUUUUGUUUUAGUUCGGUAAUUCUGUGCAGUUCCGUCGUCUCUCUGGCGUUUACUCCCGAAUACUCCCGCUCCUGUCCCCGCUUUUAAAAACCCCAGGCUCACUGUUGAAAACAGAGGCAAUCAGCGCAAUUAAACAAUUGAUAAUUAUCG